CGGCCGUUGACGGCGGGCGCCAUUUUGGACUGGGUGUCAGGGCGGCUCAGGCGCACUAGAGAAGCUCGGCUGUGGCCGCGGCUCUCUGACGGGACUUUUGGGGCUUGGGCCGGACAGCCAGGACAGGGAGAUUCGGAGGGAGUGUGAAAAGAGCCCAGGGCUUACAACCGAGGGUCGGAAGGGUGGGGCGCGGAAGGGGCUGCGGGGAGGGCCCCGGGGGCCGCCGCGGAAAGGCGGAGCAGCCUGGGCAGCCGCGCCAGAACCUCGGGCUCGGAUGCGGGCGGAGCGCGGGGGGCCGAGGCGGCCGGUGUGUGGAGAGGGGGCCCCAGCGGGCCUGACGUGAGAGCAGCGAGAGCAGCUGCCGCCGCCGCUGCCUCCAGUCCCGGGGGGGCGUGUGAGGGAAGCCGCCACCAGCACCAGGAUGAAACGAGGUGGGAAAGAGAGUGAGGUGACAAAAAUUUCUUCAGAGGAGGACACUAGAGAAAAAUCCAAGAAACAGAGGACUACCAGUGAGAAUUCUCAAACAUGUGAUUGGGGUAAUCUCCUUCAGGAUAUCAUUCUACAGAUAUUUAAAUAUUUGCCCCUUCUUGAUCGGGCUCAUGCAUCACAAGUUUGUCGAAACUGGAAUCAGGUAUUUCACAUGCCUGACUUGUGGAGAUGUUUUGAAUUUGAACUUAAUCAGCCGGCUACAUCUUAUUUGAAAGCUACACAUCCAGAACUGAUAAAGCAGAUUAUUAAAAAACAUUCAAACCAUCUACAGUAUGUCAGUUUCAAGGUGGAUAGCAGUAAGGAAUCAGCUGAAGCAGCUUGUGAUAUUUUAUCUCAACUUGUAAAUUGUUCUUUAAAAACUCUUGGACUUAUUUCUACUGCUCGACCAAGCUUUAUGGAUUUACCAAAGUCUCAUUUUAUCUCUGCACUGACCGUUGUAUUUGUAAACUCCAAAUCACUGUCGUCACUUAAGAUUGAUGAUACACCUGUAGAUGAUCCAUCCCUCAAGGUACUAGUGGCUAACAACAGUGAUACACUCAAAUUGUUAAAAAUGAGCAGUUGUCCUCAUGUCUCUCCAGCAGGUAUCCUUUGUGUGGCUGACCAAUGCCAUGGCUUACGUGAACUGGCCUUGAACUACCAUCUCUUAAGCGAUGAGCUGCUUCUCGCUUUGUCUUCUGAGAAACAUGUCAGAUUAGAACACUUGCGCAUUGAUGUAGUCAGUGAAAAUCCAGGACAGACACACUUCCAUACAAUUCAGAAGAGCAGCUGGGAUGCUUUUAUCAAACAUUCACCUAAAGUAAAUUUAGUGAUGUAUUUUUUUUUGUAUGAAGAAGAAUUUGACCCAUUCUUCCGUUAUGAAAUUCCUGCCACCCAUCUUUACUUUGGCAGAUCAGUAAGUAAAGAUGUGCUUGGCCGUGUUGGAAUGACAUGCCCUCGUUUAGUUGAAUUAGUAGUAUGUGCUAAUGGAUUACGACCACUGGACGAGGAAUUAAUUCGCAUUGCAGAACGUUGCAAAAAUUUGUCAGCUAUUGGACUAGGUGAAUGUGAAGUCUCUUGCAGUGCCUUUGUUGAAUUUGUGAAGAUGUGUGGUGGCCGUCUGUCUCAACUAUCAAUUAUGGAAGAAGUAUUAAUUCCUGAUCAGAAGUAUAGUUUGGAGCAGAUUCACUGGGAAGUAUCAAAGCAUCUUGGUAGAGUUUGGUUUCCAGAUAUGAUGCCCACUUGGUAAAGAUCUUAUGCCAAAGGGCAACUUUAAUAGCACCUUAAAUUUAAGCAUACCAUAUUGUAAAAAAAAAGGGGGGGAAGCUUAUUUAAUGUAGUUUUAAUACAAUGAUAUGACGUUGUGGCAUAGAAAUUUGAUAUUUAUAGACAGUGACUCAUAAACAGGCUUAAAUAUUGAUUGUAAUGUGGAAAACCCACAGGCCAGGUUUGGUCAGAAAAAUCUGUUUCUUUAGCCCAGUAGUAAUCAGAUAUCAGUAGAAAAAUUGGUAGUGGUUCAAAAAGAAUAAUUUGCAGUUGUAAGGUGUAAGCAUGUUGAAUUUAAGAAAUCAUCUACUACAAAUUAUGAAAUUCAAGAAGUAAACAAGUAGUAAAUAGAUUUUCAAAAAAUGUUUUGUUCUCUAUGCAGUUUUUAAAAAUGUAAAAUUGACAUUUUUAGGGUCUUCAGUCAUACACCUGUUAUAAGGUGUCAAAUAUAGCUCAGGAAGAUAAGUUUUAUGAGAGAUGAUUAUAGAUAUAUUUUGCUCAUGAAGAUGGUCAAAUUUUUGCAGUUUCUACACAGCCCUGUUUUUUCUUACUGUACAUGUUUUUUUGGAGGGCGGAGAAUAUGUGUACACUUAUUAGGUAAAUGGUAAAUUUAACAUGUGGCUGUUGUAGAAGAACACAAAUUAGAGCCAAGAUCAAACUACCGGAGGGCAAAUGCACAGGGAGUUUAAGGGAAAGCAUUUGAUUUACAUUUUGAAAAUUGCUUUGUAAUCUAUUAACCUUAUAAAGUCUAUUCUGUAAUGUUACUCUGUAAAUUGUAUUUGAAGCACUAUAUGUGAAAUAAGGAAUAUUUAACCAAUUUUCAUUGGUUUUUGUACAUUGUUUAAAUUCGUUUUGAGGUUAUAAUGUAGUAACAUUAAUAAUGGCAAACUAUUUAAAAGGCCAAAUCAAAAUUAUAAAGUAAACUAAGUGUUCAUAAAUCACAUGAAAGAUUAUCAGAUUGUAGUGAGUUUUAAAUGGUGGCUUAUUUUUCUUUUAAGGAUUGUACAGUAAAAUUGUGUAAGAUAUUUGGUUUUUAUUAAUCAGACAUGGAGCUCCAAAUGUAUUUUUUUAAGCUGAGCUACAUGAUAAAUUUAAAAGGGAUAUUUAAGUUUAUAAUUAUAUUUUUCAAGUGAACAUUGCUAAGUGGGUAGAACAAUAUUUGAACAGAAAAAAAGUUAUCUAGUUGUUUUUUGUGAUUAACAAUCACAUUAGUUUAAAUUAGUAUUUUCUGAAUGAUUUUUCCUCCCCCAUUUUAAAGUUGUCAUUUUAAGUUGCUUUCACCUAUACCAAGGUAAUGGUGUAUUGUAUAGUCUGUAAAAAUUUUAGUUUUAUCUUCAAACAUCUGAAUUUCCUAGUCUUUAUAUAAAACUGGUUCUGGGGACUAAUGCUAAAUAUUUCCUUCUUUGGGAGAAAUUAGAGAGGCAAGAACCGUCCAUUUUUAAGAAGUAAUUUAUUCCUGACAGUAUAAAUUGAUGCUUGAAAUUACUUUUCAUCAGUGUUUCAUAAACGGUUUGUCUCAGUUAACAACUGGAAAUGCUGUUUAUAAAUAGGAUUCCACAUUGAAUUGCAGUUUUAUGGUCUUCUAAAUAAUUUGGAUUUGUCUUAGGAUUUUGAAUGAGAGCUUAAUCUUCAGCCAUGUAUAAAUAAGCAGAAACAAUAUAAUAGCCCAAUUUUUAAAAUUAAUAACAAGUGAGCUCUAGUGGUUAUUUUGUGCGUACACACACAUACAUACACACACACACACUCACCCUUCAUAAACUUGACUUUCAACAGAAAAAUGAGUGUUAUGUAUUUGGGGUAUUUUAAUAGAGGCAUAAGAUCUCCUUCAACAUCUUAGAAAAUGGAUUUGAAAGAACAUAAAUUCUAAUAACCAAAGCUUUAUUUGGGAGUUUACAUUUUGUACAAGUUGAUUUGUAUAAUGCUUGAAAUAUUUAAUUUCAAUUUAUAAAAAUGUGCAUAACACUUAAGAUUAAUUUUUACUUAUUUAUAUGCUCAAUACUUUUGUCAAUUUGGGAAUAAAGAUAGUUUUAAAUUCUGUAGUAUUAUAUAAUAAACAUCUAUGUAAAGUUUUAAA